UGGUUUUCCCACCUCUUCCACGUGUUAAACCCUCUACCAACGUGUUAAACGGACGCAUGUGUUUUUGUUCUGUACCUUUUCCAUGCUCAUAAAUCCCCAUGCUCUGCGAUGCUUCUGCUUCUUCACUAAUGGCUUAUAGAGAGGAACCAGCAGCACCAUCUUCUCCAGCUUCGUUGUUAAUGAAUCUGGGGCAAACCCUAACCCACAUUCAGAGUGGAGUGAUCAAGAAGAGGAAAGCUGGGAGGAAGAAGUUCAAGGAGACUCGCCACCCGGUGUACAAAGGCGUCAGGCAGAGGAACGGCAAGUGGGUUUGCGAAAUGAGGCAACCGGGUCUCAAGAAGUCUCGUGUUUGGCUCGGUACCUUCACUUGUCCUGAAAUGGCUGCUAGGGCUUAUGAUGUAGCAGCUCUGGCUCUGAAAGGUGAAUCUGCUCAGUUGAACUUUCCGGAUGAAGCUAAGGCGUCUCCUUCUUGGACUUCGAGUAUGUCAUUGCCGGAGUUGACGAGUAUGGUGAACUUGGAGAAGGUAGAAGUAGGGUCGAGUAAAGGGUAUGUGGAUGAGGAGGAGUUGUUUAACAUGCCAGAGAUACUUGACAGUAUGGCUGAGGGUUUGAUUCUAACUCCCCCAGCCCUGAAGAAAGGUUUUAACUGGGAUGAUUAUGAUCUGGAGAAUGCCGUAGAGUUUUCUCUGUGGAGUGAUUAACUUUCUUAACUUCCUGACUUGGAUUGUUGAUCAAGGGAAUGGUUUACGUAUUGUUGUUGCCACCAAUGUAUGCAACAUGCAUAUACCGAAACUUCUAGUUCGAUUGUCCAUUUAGAAUUUUCUGGAGUUAGUAAUGUCUACAACAUACUUUGGUUCUGUAAUUAAUAUACGCAAUGAUGGUACUUCUUUCUAGAUUUAAGUCCAGAAUCGAGUGAGGGAGUCACUCCCUUCACUUUCAAAAUAAAAACUUAAGAGUCUUCUUGAACAGUCUUUCCUUGCUUAGUAGGUUCUAGAAUCGGAUCUCGAGCCAUUGGCCUUUUUGUUUGAUAUAUUUUCUUUCCUGCUUAAUUUCUUCCUCCUCCAACCCAUAUCCGGAACUCUUCAUCGGAACCCCUUGAGCUUCACACAGUUACCAUCUUCCUUCCUCCCCCUUUUUUCCAUUUUUCUUUUCUGAUCCACGCACUCUCCUUCAAAAGCUGUUUGAUUUCCUUGGAUUACUGCAUGCAUGCAGUCUUUGGUUUUAUUUCUUCGCCUCAAUGAGUCCCCGACUAUGUAGGUGGACCUAGCUAGCUAGUCCUGAUCUCCUUACUUUAGGGAUUCCAUCAUCUACCAGUGCUGGGACGAAGAAGCGGAUCUGACACCAGGAAAUCCGAUGGAAGUUAACGGCAGGGGAGCCACGUACCCAGUUGAUGUUUGAUGGCAGUAAGAUCGACGGCAGGAAGGGGAAAUUCUGCGGAGAUCAUCGAGGCUUACGAUCUUGGUUCGGCUAUCUUAUAUCUUUUACUGUUCUAGUUUUUUGGUUUCUAGUUUUUGGUCCCAAUCAGUUUUUGUAGGUGACACAAAUGUGUUUUUUGUUGCUCUUGUGGGGCAGAUCGAUCUUUCAUAGGGUUUGUAAGAUGCUGAGCUUGAGCUUGUUGACUAUUUUAAUAAAGUUCAGUUUUCCUGAAAAAGAAAAUAUUGGUGUACAUCAACUGGAUUGUUAGUAUUUGUUUUAAGUUCCA